AUGAUGUACCCGCUCGGAUUGCUGAUCAAAGGGUUGGUCGAGGAGAAGGAGAAUAAGACGCAGGAGCUGAUGUCCAUCAUGGGUCUGCAGACGUGGACGCUCGCCACCGCCCACGCGGUGACGUACGCCGUGUUGUUCACCCUCACGUCGUUGAUCGCCGCCGGGACGCUGCACCGGAAGGUGUUUCCGACGACGGAUGCCGGCGUGUUGAUUGUCUUUUUCCUCUCCUUCAUGGCGUCGGCUGUUCCCCUCGGGUUCCUCAUCGCGGUCUUCUUCAGCCGCGCGAGGCUGGCGUCCAUCGUCGGCCCGUUCGCGCUUUUCGCCAUGGUCAUGCCCCGCUACGUGUUCUUUCAGACGUACGAGAACCAGGCGCUGGAAGCCAAGAGGGCGGCGAGCGUCUUGUCCCCCACGGCUUUCACCUUCGCCGCCGAUCUACUCGCGAGCAGGGAGGGCGCGGAGCGCGGCGUGACGUGGGCGACGUUGUACGACGACCCGCUGUCGCUGGGCGAGCUCAUGGGCAUCAUGGUGGGCGACGCGGUGCUGUACGCGGCGAUGGCGUGGUACCUCGGGAAGGUGUUGCCCACGGCGCACGGGACGCCGCUGCCGUGGUGGUUCGUGUUUUCGGCCAAGUACUGGCGCGGACCCGGCGCGGGCGCGGGACUGGAAUUCGGCGAGGGUAGUCGCGCGAGGAGCGGGGGGAUGGCGGCCGGGUGCCUGUCCGCGGAGUUCGCCAGGGGUACGCCCGCGGUGUCGCCGCUGAGCGUCGCGCUGUACGAGGGACAGGUCACGGGCCUCCUCGGACCCAACGGAGCGGGUAAGAGCACCACGAUCGCCAUGCUGACCGGACUCACCCCGCCCUCCGGCGGCGACGCCAUCGUGGCUGGGCACUCGCUGCUCGGGUCGCUCGCGGAGUGCCGCAGGUGCCUGGGCGUGUGCCCGCAGCAAAACGUCCUCUUCCCCGCGUUGACGUGCGCGGAACACCUCCGCAUAUUCGCCGUACUGAAGGGCGUGCCCUCGCGAGACGUGGACCGCGAGGUUGCGAAGAAGCUGCGCGAGGUUGGAUUGGAGCAAAAGGCUGACGCGCGAUCGGUCACGCUCUCGGGCGGCAUGAAGCGCCGGCUGCAGAUGGCGAUGGCCCUCAUAGGCCCCUCCAAAGUCGUGUUGCUAGACGAGCCCACCAGCGGCUUGGACCCGAGGUCCAGACGAGACGCGUGGAAGCUGAUCCGCGCGGCGGCGAAAGGUCGGUGCGUCGUGCUCACCACGCACUUUUUGGAGGAGGCGGACCUGUUAUGCGACAGGGUAUGCGUCAUCAGCAACGGCAAACUUCGGUGCGCCGGGUCACCCCCGUUUUUGAAAAACACGCUCGGCGGCAAGUACGCGCUGACGCUAACCUUCGACGACGAUCGCGAAUCGAAGGACAGGCUCACCACGAGCGAGCACGCCGGCGUGGCGCUGCGUUUGGUCCGCCGGUACGUCGGGGACGCCACCCUGAGCCGCGCGAGGGGCGGCGAGGCUACGAUGGAGCUGCCGGCGUCGGCGGCGGCGGCGUUUCCGAGCCUGUUCGCCGCGCUCGAGCGAGCCAGGCGCGGCCGAGUGCGUCUGAGGGGUUACGGCGUUUCCAUGACGACGCUCGAGGAGAUUUUCCUUCGUCUCGCAGAGGACGACCGCAGGCGCGAGGAGGAGGAGGAGGAGGGGCCCGACGAAGACCGUCGCGUCACGAGCGGACGGUGGUUGAAGCGUAAGGACGACCUGCGCGAGAUGCUCCGCAAGCGAUGGAUCAUCGCGCGCCGCGACCGCCGGGGGUUCUUCUUCCAGAUAAUCCUUCCGAUUCUCGUCAACAUCAUGGUCAUGUGCGUGCUCUUCCUGGAGGUCAACCCCGCGGGUCCCAACCGAGACAUGACCCCGUGCAUGUUCACCGAGCGCACGGGCGGGCACGACGUGCCCGAUCGGACGCGCGUGCCCGUCGCGGUUGGCGUAAACUCCAGCGCCGCCGCCGAGGCACUCGCCGCCGCGCUGAGCUCGGAGCGGGGUUGGAUCAGCGGACCUCCGCCGAGCGGCGUACACCCCGGCGCCGCUUCGCUGGUUCGCGUUUUGGAACGGUACGGAAACGAGCCCCUGCUGUUUCUGCACAACACGUCCUCGCACCACGCGGUACCCGCGGCGAUGGCGGCUACGCACAGCGCGGUGAUGCGCGACAUCACCGGCGUGGCGGACGCGCACGUCACAGCCGGUUCGCACCCGCUGCCGCUGACGACGGAGGAGGAGGCGAGUCUGCGGGUUUGGAUGAACACCCUCGCGGCUUUCUUUCUGCUUCUGCCGUUCUCCUAUCUCGCCGCGACGUACGCGGCGUUCGUGGUGAAGGAACGCGCGACGCGGGCGAUGUUGCAGCAGCUCGCGAGCGGGUGCGACUACCGCGUGUACUGGCUAGGCGCCGCGAUCUGGGAGUGGCUCAACCACGCGCUGGUGUGCUUCGUGACUUGGAUCUGGUUUUUCAUCUUUGAUCUCUCGUCCGUGGUUGGCACGCGCGACAAGGCGUUCUGCACGUUGGUGCUGCUGCUCGCGUACGGCGCCGCGGCGGUGCCCCUCUCUUUCAUAUACUCGCUCGGUUUCACCGAUCACGCGCAGACGAUCGUGGCUCUGAGCGUGGUUAACUUUGUCACCGGCUUUGUGCUGGUGAAUCUGAAUUACGUCAUGCGAACGAGCGAGCACGAGGGAACCGCGCGAACCGGCGAAGGACUGGCGCACGUGUGGAGAAUAUUCCCGCCGUUUUUGCUGGGCGAGGGGCUCAUCGCGAUCAGCACGAGCGAAUUCGCCAUCGACCGCGGCGAGCGAAACGAAGACGAGAGCUGGCUGGACACGUUCAGCUCAACCGGGGACACGCCGAGCCCUUUCGAGUGGGAACUCUCGGGCCGACCCACGCGCGUCGCCGUGGACCGCCUGAGCCUUCGCAUCCGUCGCGGCGAACGCUUCGGGUUGCUCGGCGUGAACGGUGCGGGGAAGAGCACGACCCUGAAGGUGCUCUGCGGCGAUCACCCCCCCACCGCGGGGUCGGUGACGGUUUGCGGCCACGACGUCUCCGCCAGCCUGCGAAGAGUGCAGGGGGUGCUGGGAUACUGCCCCCAGUUCGACCCGCUCCUGGAGCUGAUGACCGGACGCGAAACCACGCGCAUGUACGCCGCGCUCAAGGGCGUCCCCCCGAGGGACGUGGACGCCGCCGCGUCCGCGGUUCUUCGCGGCGUCGGCCUCGCCAAGUUUGCCGACGCUCCGUGCGGAACGUACAGCGGCGGCAACAAGCGGAAACUCUCGCUCGCGGUGGCGCUCGUCGGCGGCCCGCGCGUGCUCCUCCUGGACGAGCCCAGCAGCGGGAUGUGCCCGCUCGGAAGGCGCAUGAUGUGGGACACCGUGGAGCGCGCCGCGGAGGGUCUCACGGUGCUGCUGACCACCCACGCCAUGGACGAGUGCGAGGCGCUCUGCGAGCGCGUGGGCAUGAUGGCGGGAGGAAGGUUGAGGUGCCUCGGAUCUUCGCAGCACCUGAAGGGACGUUUCGGCGAGGGGUACGUCGUGGACGCCAAGGUGGCGUCCGCCGCGGACGGGAGCGGGGAGGAGGGCGCGAGGAAAGCCGCGGCGGUGCGAGCCGCGCUCGAGGCGGCGGGGGGCGGCGGCGCGAGAAUCGCCGAGGCGCACGCGGGGCGGCUGAAGAUUCGGCUCGCGGACGCGGAGGUGCUCGCGGGGGCGUUUCACGCGCUGGAGCGGUGCAGGGCGGAGGGAGUGCUGGAGAAUUACGCGGUGACGCAGUCGUCCCUCGAGGACGUGUUCGUGCGCGUGUGCAAGUGA